CUAGAAUGCUCCUUCAACCCCACAUCCCAAGAACGAUACCACGGCAAUGGCUGUCCAGAAUUUGUUCAGCGUCAGCAUAUUCUUCAUCGUCUUCAGAGAGACCCUCGAAGCCGUCAUCAUCAUAUCCGUACUUCUUGGCCUCGUGGAGCAAAUCGUCCAUGGCGACAUAGACCAAUUAGCCACAGUCGCGCAGCAUUAUCAGCCUGAUUCAGCUCAGCACAACGACAGUGAAACAACUACACCAGAAGGAGAAUCAGAUACCAUCGCCAAGAGACGCUUAAUCCGCAAACUUAGAUUCCAGGUCUUUGCUGGUGGAGGCGUAGGCUUGUUCCUCUCAUUCGCCCUCGGUGCUGCAUUCAUCGCAGUAUGGUUCACCAAGGCGUCCAAUCUCUGGGUAAAGGCCGAAAAUCUCUGGGAAGGCGUCUUCGAACUUAUCGCAUGCUGGAUGAUUCUAGUCAUGGGCAUCACCAUGCUCAAGUUAGACAGGGCCAAAGCUAAAUGGCGCAUCAAGCUCCAGCGCGCGUUUAGUGAUCAACAUGUCGAUCGUGGCACAAGGACUGGGAAGUGGGUACUCUUCAUUCUUCCGAUGAUCACCGUCUUGCGUGAAGGAAUUGAAGCUGUCGUCUUCGUUGGCGGUGUUGCGCUUGGACAACCCGCAAAGUCAAUUCCCAUUGCAGCAAUCGUGGGCCUUGCUUGUGGACUUGUUUGCGGUUAUUUCAUCUACCAGUUCGCCAGCCGCUCAACUCUGACUAUUUUCCUUAUCGUUAUGACGAAUUUGAUCCUUCUGAUCGGCGCUGGCCUAUUCAGUAAAGCUAUCUGGUCUUUCCAAGAAAACGCCUUCAACAAUUUACUUGGCCAAGACGUCGACGACUCAGGCGGUAACGGACCCGGAUCAUAUGACGUACGCGGGAAUGUAUGGCAUCUUGACUGCUGUAAUCCCGAGUCCGAUAUGUCAUGGGGCAUAUUCAACGCUGUACUGGGAUGGGAAAAUACCGCCACUCUUGGUAGCGUGCUGAGUUACGUGUUCUAUUGGAUCGUGGUAAUCGUAGUGCUCGUGCGUAUGAAGUUCCAAGAGGGCCGUACUAAGCUUUUCGGGUGGGAGUCUGCGGCCGGCACACGCAGGCGACUCGCAAGCGAAAAGCGGGCUGAAGAAGCUGCUCAUAAUGAUGAGAAGGCUAGCCCUGCCAUAAGCACCAUCGAAAGUGUUGGUUCACCAACAGAACUCCCCCUGUGAUACCGUCAUUUAGGAUUCUGCCGCUCGGCCGGUGACUCAUUAUCCAUGCAUGAACUGGCAGGCAAGCUCUUCCCUUAUCACCCAGACCUUAUUCGGUUCCUUGUCGUUGUCGUUGUCUUUCAUCUUUUCCUUCGUUUAUGCUUCUCCUUCGUUGCUGUUUUCAUGACUGCUCUAGUUGCUGACAUGCUAGUUACAAUGUGCAAAUCGAUGAAUAUAUUCAAUCGCCAAUUUU